GAUGAUUCGACGUGUUUGACAUUUUAGACUAUGAUGAUUUUGGGCGAGACGAGUUCAGUUUUGGGAACAAACAGGGACUAAAUGGAAUGAACCGGGAAGGACCAGUACUAUCGAAGCUCGGAUCAAGUUCGACAACCGAGCUUCGUCCGAAGCCUAGUGCAGAGACUAAGACAACAACCAUGCCUCCAACUAGUGUGAUGACUCGGCUCAUAUUGAUUAUGGUGUGGCGAAAGCUUAUGAGGAAUCCAAACACUUAUUCCAGCCUCUUUGGCCUCACAUGGUCUUUGGUCUCAUUCAAGUGGCAUGUUGAGAUGCCUGCAAUUAUCGCCAAAUCUAUAUCUAUUUUGUCUGAUGCCGGUCUUGGAAUGGCAAUGUUCAGUCUUGGAUUGUUUAUGGCAUUGCAGCCUAGGAUGAUUGCUUGCGGGAAAUCAGUUGCUGCCUUCUCCAUGGCUGUGCGAUUUCUUACCGGACCGGCAGUUAUGGCUGCUGCCUCAAUUGCCAUUGGACUUCGAGGCGAUCUUUUGCACAUUGCAAUUGUGCAGUCAGCACUUCCACAAGGAAUCGUUCCUUUUGUCUUUGCAAAGGAAUAUAAUGUUCAUCCCGAUAUCUUGAGCACCGGGGUGAUAUUCGGGAUGUUAAUAGCUCUACCUAUAACUUUGGUGUACUAUAUCUUGCUGGGACUUUGAAGUUGAAGCAGUAAAGUUGAUGUGGCUGCUGCAGAUUAAAGAAAGAACUAACCCUUUUGGCAUGGCAUUUUUUGGGCUUCUAACAAGACAUAGAAAAUCAAGCAGAAAAUGGCGGGCAGGUGGAACAUUGAAGAGACUCACUCUUGUAACAAGGCUGAGCUGAUAUAUAUAAAGAGAGAAGAAUGCAAAAUUAUUAGUGGGAAAAUUUUCUGUUGUCUUUUCUUCCUUCUUAUGC